UGUUAAUGUUCAGAAUGAUCGUCGGGGCUCUUAACAAAACUCCCCCAUACAGAAGAGGCCUUCAUCCAAUGACUCUUAAUCUUAUAUGUAAUGUAAUGGAACAGAGUAAUGAUGAUCAAGGGAUAAAUACUGUACGACCUGCCCUCCAAAACCAGGUGGUAUGGCCACCAAGUGGCUCGUGCUGGAAUAGCAGAUUUGCUGUCAUUGGUCGCGGGAGGGCGCUAACAAAGCGGUGAGAUAGAUAGAUAGCUAGCUAGCUAGCUUGCUUGAGAAAGGAAAAGGCCGAACGCUGCCUGCUGUAGAAAUAAUUCAAGUGGCUAUUCUCCUAAUACACCUAAACAUUAAUUAAUCAAAUGUCGGUGUUCUUAUCAAGUGAUGGCAGAAGAACAGUGUUCAGAAAUCGAAGCUGAAUUGUAUUACCUCAUUGCCAGAUUUCUCCAGUCGGGACCGUGUAAAAAAUCGGCACAGAUCCUGGUUGAGGAACUGGAAGAGUAUGAGUUGAUCCCGAAACGAUGGAGUUGGGACGGCAAACAAUACAGACGAAACUUCCAAGACUGGGUGAUCUUGAACCAGCACAUCCCUGCAGACUACCUGCUGAGAGUAUGCCAGCAGAUAGGUCCUCUCAUAGACAAGGAGGCCCCACCUAGUGUUCCUGGGGUCCAGACCCUCCUGGGCUUGGGAAGGCAGUCUUUGCUUCGCACAGCUAAAAGUUGUUGCCACACAGAAUGGAGUGGAACUGCUGUUGCUGCGCUCCACCGGGGUCGCCCCCCAGAACCACCAGUCAGCUUUGGGAAGCCCCCCAGCAUUCUGUCCAUCAUGGGUGCUCGCCAGACUACUGGCACUGCCCGCUUCGGCCAUGCUCUGCCAUCCUACACCUACCAGCAUGUGAAGAUGCACAGGCGCAUCCUGGGCCACCUGUCCUCUGUGUACUGUGUGGCCUUCGACCGCAGUGGCAGACGGAUAUUUACGGGUUCUGAUGACUGUCUGGUAAAGAUCUGGUCCACAGAUGAUGGCCGGCUGCUGUCCACCCUGCGUGGCCACGCGGCCGAGAUCUCCGACAUGGCGGUGAACUACGACAACACGCUAAUCGCCUCGGCCAGCUGUGACAAGAUCAUCAGAGUGUGGUGCCUGCGCACCUGCGCCCCCAUCACUGUGCUGCAGGGCCAUGCAGCUUCAAUCACCUCCAUACAGUUUUGUCCAGCGGUUAAAGGACCAAUGCGGUACCUGGCCUCCACCGGAGCAGACGGCAUGGUGUGUUUCUGGCAAUGGCACUCGCUCAGCAUGAAGUUUGUUGACCGGCCAGUCAAGUUCAUUGAGCGGUCAAGGCCUGGGGUCCAGAUCUCCACCUCCUCCUUCAGCUGUGGUGGGAUGUUCCUGGCUACAGGCAGCACGGAUCAUGUAAUCAGGGUGUAUUACCUCGGCUCUGAAACACCCAUGAAGCUCUCUGAGUUGGAUGCUCACAUGGACAAAGUUGUGGUGGUCCAGUUUUGUAACAACAGUUACAGCCUAAGGUUUGUGAGUGGUAGUCGUGACGGCACAGCCAGGAUAUGGCAUUACCAGCAGCAGGAGUGGAAGAGCAUUACUCUGGACAUAGCCACUAGACUGCCAGGGACUGCUGUUGUGAAUGGUGAGGACAAGACCAAGCUGGUGCCGACAAUGGUGGCCUGGGACCGUGGUGACCGCACUGUCGUCACAGCGGUCUCUAACUACCUGCUCAAAGUGUGGAGCUCCACCACGGGUCAGCUGCUGCAUGUGCUGUCUGGUCAUGAUGAUGAGGUGUUUGUCCUGGAGGCCCACCCCUUUGACCACCGCAUCAUGCUCUCUGCCGGCCACGAUGGCAACAUCUACAUGUGGGACCUCUCCAAGGGAUCCAAGAUCCGCAACUUCUUCAACAUGAUUGAGGGCCAAGGCCACGGAGCUGUGUUUGACUGUAAGUUCUCAGCUGAUGGACAGCAUUUUGCCUGCACUGACUCCCAUGGCCACCUGCUCAUCUUUGGCUUCGGCUGCAGCAGACCCUAUGAGAAGAUUCCUGACCAAAUGUUCUUCCACACUGACUUCCGGCCGCUGAUCCGAGACGCCAAUAACUUUGUCCUGGAUGAGCAGACCCAGCAGGCGCCCCACCUUAUGCCCCCUCCCUUCCUGGUGGAUGUGGACGGGAACCCCCACCCCACCCACUACCAGCGCCUGGUGCCCGGCAGGGAGAGCUGCAAGGAUGAGCAUCUGGUGCCCCAGCUUGGCUACAUGGCCAACGGUGAUGGUGAGGUGGUGGAGCAGGUGAUCGGCCAGCAAACGGCGGAGGAGGGUCACGGAGAAAGCCCAUUGGAUGUCCUGAUCAGACAGUUGCAGAACCAGCCGGAUGAGAGGCCGGACCAAAAUGGAGUGCCAGAAGGAGAGGGGGCUGUUGAGGGAGCCGAGGUAGUGGGAUCACCCCCUAACGUGGGCCUGAGGAGGAGUGGUCAGGUGGAGGGUGUGCGUCAGAUGCACCACAAUGCCCCUCGCAGUCAGAUGGCCACGGAGAGGGACCUGCUGGCCUGGAGCAGGAGAGUGGUUGUCAACGAGGUCCAGCAAGGGGUCCUCCGGGUGAUGGAGGAGACCAGGCGGGCCAAAGGUGAGGUGGAGUGUUCCCUCUACAACACAGAGAGGAGGAGGAAACCUGUACCCAGUGCUCCUAAGACUGAGGAGCAGGCUCCAUGCAAGCGCUCCCUGCGGCAGACCCAGAGGAAGAAGAAGCAGACCAGGCCUGCACCAGCGUACCAGACCCGCUCAGCAAGAGAUCGCCGCCCUGUGGAUAGGGGGAGGAACUCUGACAGACAGAUGGACUCAGACAGCAAUGGAGAGGCAGAGGAGCAGGCAGAAGCCAGUGAUGCUUCCUCUGAUGGGGAAGCACAGUGGCAGAGUGACAGCAGUUCCAGUGUCUCCUCCAGUGAUUACUCUGAUUGGACAGCUGAUGCAGGGAUCAACCUCCAACCCCCCAAGCGGACCAGCAGAAGGCAGGUGCGGCCACCCGGUGGCUCCAGCAGCUCUGAGGAAGGGGAGGCGGAGGGCCAGGGCCAGGGAGAGGAGGCCAGGAGGAAGCAGGCAGAGGAGAAGAAAAAGAAGCCCAAGCAGACCAAACAGAAGAAACCCAGUUCGUCUCUGUCUCUGGCUGGCCGUGACGCGGAGGAAUGGCUUCCCCCGUCCUGGAUCAUGGAGACCAUCCCCCGCCGCUCUCCUUUUGUGCCACAGAUGGGUGAUGAGCUGAUGUACUUCAGGCAGGGCCACCAGGCCUAUGUCAGGGCAGUGCGCAGGGCCAAGGCCUAUAGCAUCAACCCUCAGAAACAGUCCUGGAACAAGCUCAACCUCAGGGACCAGGAGUCUGUGAAGGUGGUUGGCAUCAAGUAUGAGGUGGGCCCCCCCACCCUUUGUUGCCUAAAACUGGCCUUCCUGCACCCCAUCUCAGGCAAAAUGACAAAUGAGUCAUUCUCCCUAAAGUACCAUGACAUGCCGGAUGUCAUUGAUUUCCUGGUGCUCCAGCAGUUCUAUGACGAAGCUAAAGAGCACAACUGGCAGACAGGUAUGCGCUUCCGGAGCAUCAUCGAUGACGCCUGGUGGUUUGGCUCAGUGGAGGACCAACAGCCACUCCAGCCAGAGUACCCAGACAGUCUGUUCCAGUGCUACACUGUCAAGUGGGAUAAUAGUGAGAGUGAGAAAAUGAGCCCUUGGGACAUGGAGCCCAUUCCUGAUGAAGCGGAGUUGCCAGAGGAGGUUGGUGACGGGGUGGCAGUGACGGAGGACGAGGUGAAGGCUCGCCUCUACAGCCCCCAGGAGGGGGAGUGGGGGGCUCACACACGGGACGAGGACUGCCAGAGGAUCAUCUUUGGCAUCGACGAGCUGCUCACACUGGACCUGGCCAAGGCGUUUGCGUCACCAGUGGACCUGCGGGACUACCCUCUCUACUGCACUGUGGUGGCCUACCCCACUGACCUCAGCACCAUCCGCAGACGGCUGGAGAACCGCUUCUACAGGCGGAUCUCGGCUCUGAUGUGGGAGGUGCGCUACAUCGAGCACAACGCCCGCACUUUCAACGAGCCCCAGAGCCCCAUCGUGGCAGCAGCUAAGGUGAUGACUGACGUGCUCCUCUGCUACAUCGGGGACCAGAGCUGCACAGACAUCUUAGAUCUGUACCACAAGGUGAAGACAGAGAUGAGCAGUGGAGAGGAUGAGACUGCUGAGGUGAACAUGGACUCUGACACUCCAGGGACCUCCACCGGACAACAGCGGGCCAAUCCCAGUCCUAAGAAGCGUGGGGUGGUGUUAGACGUGCGUGCGUGGCGGGGCCAGUGUCGGGAGCUGCUGCGGCGUAUGAUGGACGGCCCUGACUCUGAACCCUUCAGACAGCCUGUGGACCUCUUCACCUACCCAGACUAUCGAGACAUCAUAGACACUCCCAUGGACCUGGGGACUGUAACAGAGACACUGAUCGUCGGGAACUACGAGAACCCCAUGGAGUUUGCCAAAGAUGUCCGCCUCAUUUUCAGCAACUCCAAGGCCUACACGCCCAACAAGAAGUCACAGAUCUACACUAUGACCCUGAGCCUAUCAGCCUUCUUUGAAAAACAAAUAAUCUCCAUCAUCUCGGAUUACAAGUCUGCAGUCCAGAACCAGCGGAGGAGGAGUCGCCAGAGUAUCAGCUACAGGAAGAGACUGCACAGUGGAGGCAGCUCCCCUCCCACCAGCCGACCCUCCAGUCCUAAAGGGAAGCACAAGUCAAGGAAGAAACCGACACCAAAAGAAUUCCGGACCUCAUCCAAGAGGCGGUCUCAAGUGUCAGAGGCGAGCAGCGUGGUGGUGGAUGAGGACAGCCAGCCCUCGUCGUCAUCUAACUCAGGGACAGGCAGCCACAGUGGGGGCCCAGGGGCCGACCGUGUCACCCGCAGCCGAACCACACCCGUCAAGAACUCAGAGGGUAACAGACCUCUCACUAACGGCACCAGGCAGAGCCACAUGCGAAGAGUGCUGCAGCAGGAUGAGGGAGAGGGAUCUGGAGGAUCCAACAGCUCAUCUUUAUCCUCGUCUUCCUCGUCUUCCUCAUCAUCCUCCUCCUCCUCCUCCUCUUCCUCAUCAUCAGACAGUGAGUCGGACAGUGAUUCGGAGGUUGGAAAGUUUGUGGACGGGGGAGAUCAUGACUACAGCAAAGAUCCCCGUUUAAAAACGGGCCACAAAGUCAAGGCCAAGAUGGCCGUCUCUGGGAAGAGGAUGCGGGAAGAAGAGGAGGCUCCAGAAAGAGCCAAGAGAGCACGAGUCCAGGCAGUGGAGGAGGAGGAAGAGGAAGAUGAUGACGAACAAGAUGAAGACAAUGAGGAGGAAGAGGAGGAGCGGCCACAGCCGCUGCAUCGAGAGGGAGGGGAGGAGCCUGAGGACGAAGAGGAGGAGCCUGAGGAUGAAGAGGCGCCUGAGGAAAAGGAGAAAUCAGAAGAGGAGGAGGACUCAGAGCAGGGUGAGGGGGGGGUGGAGGGCGGUCAGAAAUGCAGCCGCAGUAAAUCUGGUCAGGUGAACACUCGGAACCAGGGCCGCAGAACAGUGUUGUACAACGACGAGUCAGACGACGAGUCAGGGACCACAGAGGACCCACUCAACCUAGGCAUGUCCCGCUCAGGACGGGUACGCCGCAUGACCGAAAAGGCCCGGGUCAGCCACAUCAUGGGCUGGAACCACUGACACACACAGCCCCCUCAAACCACCUUAAACUGGGCCUUCUAACCCAUACCAACCACCUAUCUACCUUACCCACCAGGCAUGAAAUUGAGACUGGAGACUGUACAAUUGACUAAAUGAAUACUUCAGGGAUUUUGCUUUAAUUUUUUUAAAUGAUUUUUUAUAAUUUUGCUUUGUGUAGGAGACUGUUUACGACUCUACUGGCAGCGGUGCUCCUUAUCUUGCCAAGGAACCUCCCUCCCUGGUCUUCAAAGCUACUCAUGAACCCACAAGUCAACUCACUCACCUCUGCCUUAGUUACUGCUCUCCUGGGCCUUAAAGACUCUUCUUACUCCUCCUCUUCUAUCAAGUCAUAACUCCUCUCAUCCUCACUUUUCCUCCCCCAUCUUUCUCUUCUUACCCUCCUUCUCACCUUCCUUCUUCCUGGUCAUACAACAACAAAGGUUCAAGAGAUGCCAAAAACUGGUGCUCAUAUGUUGUAGCUCAAGGAGACCGUAAGCUCUGCUGUCCUCUACAUCUGGAUGACAGACAGUGAUUCUCCCUUUACUUCUCUCUGUUUGUGUUCUGUCUGAACAGUACAGUACAUCUCGCCCUAAAUGACCCUCUUCCACAUGACCCCCUCUCAGUGUUGGGUUGUCUGAUUGAUGCUAACCCUCCCACUAUGCUUCAUCCUCCUCAAUCCGCACCCUUCACUUUGGGAGGUCAACACUGGUGUGCUCAUUCACCGCGUUAAUGUAUCUAUUUUUAGGCAUCCAGGCAAGGUCAUAGAGGACUGCUGUCUGUGGGUUUUAGUUCAAGACUUUAUCUAUGUGUGGGAACGUAUUGAUUCUAAUUAGUUGAGGUGGUGACUUCUUUCAUCAUUAAUUAUGUUUGCUAAUAUAAUGCUGCAUGCCUACAGUACAAUGUUCCGCCAUUAAAUCCUAGGCAGACCUCCUUAGUUAACUCCUCGGCCACUGAAUGUUUUCAAUGCUAUAUCCCCCGUAAUCCUUAUCAAUUCUGUAGAGUUUGUAUAUUUGCACAUACAAUAGGUUUAUAGAGGCUUUGCCGUAUCCUCCUCCUGUAGCAUGUGGUUGUUAGGGUUGAUUGAUGUCUAGUGUGGUAGCUAGUGCAGUGAAAGAGUGUGGGUAAUUGGAAAGGAGAAAUGUAAAGCGAUUGUAUAAGGGUCAACCAUUGAGUUCUAUUUCUGUUGGUCGGAACAUACUUUCCUUGAUCAAAUCUAAAUCAAAUGCACACAUUAAUGUAUAACUUCCAGGGCACUGUCCUUCAACCCAGCAUGUUCAAACCAGUCAUUGGUUCAAACACAAACCAAAGUGCAUCAUGGUACUUUGGGGAGAGGCUCGCCCGUAGCCACCACUCACUUCCACCUCAUACUGAAAAUGACUUUUUUACUACAUAAAUAUUUAUAUUUUUUCACUGUAUCAUACACUUUACAAUUAUUCCUUAGCUUAUAUUAAUGAUGGUGAAAUGUUUGCACAUGUAUCUAUUGUGGCAGCUGAAUUUGAGAUUGCUUUUGUUGGGCUGAGUAUCCUAUCCUGCCCUCUGAUUUUACUCUAAUCACAAUAUUGAAUGACCAGACAAGCCACAAAGAGCAAAGGACAUAUUUUUCUCCAUGCAGUUUUAAACAACAAAGGACUUUUUAUUUGUGUGUACAAAGUGCAGAUAAAUUGUGCCAAUAAUAUUCAACAGCUUUACGUACAAAUACACCUGUUCUGGGCUAUUUUGUGAUAGAUUUUUGUUGUUGUGAGCAUUAUUGAACAGAGGGUUGUGUUUGCUGGGUCAAAGGUCGGAGGGUCCGACACAGCUGAGCCACUAGGCAACGUUGCCUAAGGAACAGAAACCAAGGCUACAGACAGCCAGGCUCUCUUCUCUCCUUCCACUUCCUAACAUAAGGUGUUCUGUGUGUGUGUGUGUCAUACACUAAUUGUUCCAGGAUCCACCCAGCUCCUCUAACCCAUGAUUCCCCUACUACACUCUGGUUUAGGGUCUCUGAAAUCCCCAUUAGGUGUCAUCUGAUGGGCCAUGCUACUGCUAGUCAUGUCGCCACACUAGGGAAGGAGAUGGGACUCUGCUAAAUCAAUCAAGGUUUUGUUUAGUCAAUAGACUGCAGUAACUGUCGUCUGCAAACUGUGUGGGUAUAGUUUGAAAAGACUACUUGGAUAAAUCCCUACUCAAUAUAUUGGGGACAUGUUCUCUUCAUAUAAUAGAUGGUAAAUGGACUUGCCUUUAAGCAGCAGAUAAGUCGUUUCUAAAUCCAACAAUGAUGACAUUCUAGGUGUAAUGAUAAAUGUGUGACUUCUUUUCUACACAAUAUUUUUGAUUGUGUGUUUGUUUUUUAAAUAAAGGAGCAAAAUAGAUUUUCUCCUAACUUGG